AUGGCGAGCCUGACCGAUGAGAAGGUGGCGGAGCUGGCCAAGAUCAUCCAGGACGUGAAGGACGCGGACACGGGCAAGGGCACUGACGGGGAGGCGGUCAACGUCCUGCACGUGGCCCUCAUGAAGUCUCCGGAGUCGAUGGCGCACGAGGAAGGUGCGGUCGCCGACGUAAUCGCUCAGUGCGAAGCCGUCUUCCAGAGGAACCAAGCCGCCCUCAAGAACGCCGGCGUGCGCAUGGUGAGCCUCCUCUUCCAGACCGACGGCGCGAGGCAGCCCCGCUACCUCUCGUUCCGGGAGUGCAUGGACUACAAGGAGGAUCCCGUCCGCCGCGACAUGCGCCCGUCUUUCCCGUACAUCUUCGAGCUCGGACGGCUCGACGUGAACUACAAGCUCGAGCGCCUGCCCACCGUCGGCCGCAACAGUCAGAUCUACCUCGGCGUGGAGCGUGGCGGAGCGCUCAAGCGCGCCACCCCGCAGACUCUGUUCCUCAGGGCCAUCUCGCACCGCCCGGAGACGUACACCAUGGAAGGCGCUAACCAGGCUCUGCUGAUGGCCAUGGACGAGCUGGAGCGAGCGAUGCUCGACUCGAGGGUGAACCCGGCCUGCUCCUCCCGCAUCUUCCUGCACAUGAUGCCCGAGCUCAACGCUGUGCCCGGCGACGUGGUGGCGGAGUGGAAGAACGUCAUGGACACCAUGAUCUCGAGGCACGCGACCCGCCUGCUAAAGCUCCGGGUGGACGAGAUCGAGGUCAAGGCGCGCAUCUCUCCCGACGAGAGCAGCGGGAAAAUCACCCCGGUCCGCCUGAUGGCGAGCUCCAUGUCCGGCCAAUGGCUCCGCGUGGACGGCUUCCAAGAGUACCCCGACCCCAUCACCGGCGUCACGAAGCAGUGGUGCUCCCUCACACAGGGAGGGGACAUCUGCAUGCUCAACCCCUACCCCGCUAGCAACUCCGUGCAGAUCCGCCGCGCCGCCGCCCGCCGCAUCGGCACGACGUACGCCCCUGACUUCCUGGGGCUCAUGGAAGUGGGACUGAUCGGCAUGUGGAGCGAGUUCCUGUCGGAGCUGAAGGAUGCCGCCGGCGCUUCUGGUACCCCUGCCUACACCUCCAUGCCUGGGCAGCUCUUCGAGUCCGACGAGCUGGUCCUGCAGUCAGACGGCACCCUCCAGAAGCAGUUCCGGGUGGUUGGCACCAACAAGGUCGGCAUGCUCGCUUGGCACGUGAUGAUGCGGACGCCCGAGUACCCCGAGGGCCGCGAGAUCGUCAUCAUCGCCAACGACGUCACCUUCCAGUCCGGUUCCUUCGGAGUUGCCGAGGACGACUUCUUCCUGGCCGCCUCUGAGUACGCUCGCAAGCUGGGCCUCCCUCGCAUCUACAUCUCGUCCAACUCCGGGGCACGCAUCGGCCUCGUGGAGGAGCUCAAGCCUAAGUUCAAGGUGGCAUGGAAUGACGAGUCGAACCCCGCCCAGGGCUUCAAGUACCUGUACCUCAACGCGGAGGACUACGAGGCCCUCGAGGAGGGCACCGUUAACGCGCGGGAGGUGGUGGAGGGGGGAGAGAAGCGUUACGCGCUCACCGACAUCAUCGGACAGGUGCACGGCAUCGGAGUGGAGAACCUUCGCGGUUCGGGCAUGAUCGCCGGUGAGACGUCUCGUGCGUACGACGAGGCCUUCACGCUGUCGUACGUCACCGGGCGCUCCGUGGGCAUCGGCGCUUACCUCGUCAGGCUUGGCCAGAGGACGAUCCAGAUGAGGAACGGCCCGAUCAUCCUGACCGGUUUCUCCGCCCUGAACAAGCUCCUCGGGAGGGAGGUGUACACCUCGCAGGACCAGCUUGGAGGGCCCCAGGUGAUGCACCCGAACGGCGUGAGCCACCUGGAGGUUGGCAACGACCAGGAGGGCGUGGACAGAAUCCUGCAGUGGCUGUCGUACGUGCCCAAGACCGCGGGCUCACUGCCGGUCGCCCGGCCCGUCACUGACCCCGUCGAGCGCGAGGUUUCGGUUUACCCGACGAAGGCGCCGUACGACCCGCGUGACCUGUGCCGCGGAAAGGUCGGUAGCGACGGUUCUAGCUGGGUGCCCGGGUUCUUCGACCGCGGUUCCUACCAGGAGUACCUGAGCGGGUGGGGCAAGUCCGUCGUCGUGGGGAGGGCGAGGAUUGGCGGUAUCCCCAUGGGCGUGAUCAACGUCGAGACACGCCUCAGCGAGCAGAUCAUCCCCGCCGACCCUGCCAACCCCGACUCGAGAGAGGUUAUCCAGGCCCAAGCCGGACAGGUGUGGUUCCCGGACUCUGCCUACAAGACGGCCCAGGCGAUCAACGACUUCAACCGUGGGGAGAACCUUCCCCUCAUGAUCUUCGCGAACUGGCGUGGAUUCAGCGGCGGAACUCGCGACAUGUAUGGCGAGAUCCUCAAGUUCGGCGCGCAGAUCGUGGACGCCCUGGUGGCCUACAAGCACCCGGUGUUCGUGUACAUCCCGCCCAACGGGGAGCUGAGGGGGGGAGCCUGGGUGGUUAUCGACCCCACCAUCAACGAUCAGGUGAUGGAGAUGUACGCCGACGCGGAGUCGCGGGGCGGCAUCCUGGAGCCUCCGGGCAUCUGCGAGGUCAAGUUCAGGGCCGCCGACCAGAUCACCAAGAUGCACGAGCUGGACCCUGUCCUUCAGGGGCUGGACGGCGACGUACCGAUGGCGGGAUCGGAGGAGGACGAACAGGCCCUCAAGAAGCAGAUCAAGUCUCGUGAGGACGCGCUCUUGCCCAUGUACCUCCAGGUCGCUCACGAGUUCGCGGACCUGCACGACCGGUCGGGGCGCAUGAAGGCCAAGGGCGUGGUGCGCGACAUCCUGGAGUGGAAGACCUCCCGCGAGUACUUCUACUGGAGGGUGAAGCGCCGCCUCGCUGAGAACGGCGUCCGCAAGAUGUUCAAGGACGCCGACCCUUCCAUGUCCUUCGACGACACCACCAAGCUCAUGCAGUCGCUCUGCCCUGACUGGGAAAACGACAAGGCCGUGCUGGACUGGGUCGAGUCGGACCAGUCUUCCCUCAAGGAGUACCUCGCCGGCCUCCGCAGCGACGCGGUCCGGAGGGAUGUCACCGCUAGCCUCUCCACGCUCACCCCUGAGCAGAAGGCCAAGGUGUUGGAAGGCCUCUAAGGCUAAAGCCGACCCUUGUUGUUUUCUCGUGGUACCUAGACCUUUAUUUUUUUAUUGUUGCUGCGGCGUCUUCCGUUCUGACCCCGUUCGCUACAUUCACGAGAAAAUCUUAGAGGUGUGCAUUUGCGUGGGGAGGUUGGUCGAGAAUGGAGUGUUGGGCUUCGACCUCACGCCGCGUGAUCCUGGACGGCAUGGUCAGGUAGGCAGGGCGGUGUUCUCAUGGCCGUGCGUGCAUGCGGUACAGCGGUAAUCGCUAGACCACUAUUGACCUCGCAUCCCUAUAAAGCCGGGACGGAGUACGCCAGGUUUUCACCCGAACAGACCACUAUUGACCUCGCAUCCCUAUAAAGCCGGGACGGAGCACGCCAGGUUUUCACCCGAACAGACUAGCACAUCGCCCAAGACGGGGGGAGGGGUUAGACGCCCUUGGUAGGUUGUAGUGUAGCGUGUGCGAGAGCUCGCUUCCAAGGGAGGCUGGCGUUGUGGCAGUAGGCUUAAGAGGAAAGGAGAGGGGUUCGAGAUGGGUCGGCCGUCUGGCUACAGGGUUGCUUCGCGAGCGGGGGCCGGUAGGGGCGUCCGUCAUCGUCUUGGCUGUCGUGGUUUUUGUCGAUGUUUCUUGGGUGAGGUUGUGGGUCCACCCGUGGGUUUGAGUUUGAGUUUGAGACGCCUGUUGUUUCGGUUUGUGCGGUGGACGAGCUGCUGUCUUUG